CCGCGCCUUCAGCAGCGACGGUGACUCUGAGUGUCACCUUCUGGCGGACCGUCCACUGCCGGCCAGACAGCGCGUAACGUGCGGCCACGCGAUCGAGAAGAGGGGGUGGCAAGUCGAGAAAGGCAUACCUUUGUCGCUGCGCCCUGCUGCCGGGUUGCGCCCGCGGACAAGAAUCCAGGGCGGGCACCGUGUACCAUCACGCCCCCCGCCACGACCAGGGGCAGCGCCCGCCCCCUGCCUUUGCGCUGCCCCUCCCCCUUCCCCACGCCCACCAUCAGCCGCUCGCCUAUCCCCACCCGCUCCACGCCCUGCCUUAUGCCAGCAGUCCCGAGGACUAUCUUAUAGCGCCUAACGAGGCUGCUCCCAGUACCGAGUCUCAAAUGGCAGACACCGGGCUGUUAGAGGCAUAUGCCGAGCCCAUGCUGGGCCCGGAAGACGAGCUGGACAGAGAAUACAGAAAGAGCCCGAGGAAGAAACCAAGAAUCACCCUGCCGAGGGGACAUGCUUGUGUAGCAUGCAGGCAACGGAAACUUAAGUGCCAAGAAGGUAUACGUCCCUGCAUCACUUGCGUCAAAGCCAAUAUAGAUUGUCGGGACGAAGAAAUACCCCGCAAAAAGCCAAGGCAUGUUGUUCUAGAAGAGAGAGUUGCCGAGCUGGAAGGUCUGCUCGGCCUGCAAAAGGGGCAACCGGUCCCUCGGAAGAGUAAUCCAUCCUCAACCACGUUCAGUGGAUACUCGGCUAGCCCCUCGCCUUCUGAGCACUUCUUUUCCGAGUAUCCACAGGUCAGUUCAAGUCAUACCGUCAAUCCCUAUCUGGACCACCCUCCCCUGUCGGUAACCGGCAGGCCAACAGCUUCUUCGCAGAUUGAAAUUCCUCCAGGCUCUGCUAUAGAGCUAUCACUCAUACAGUUUAUCCUGCCCUAUACACCUUAUUUGCUACUCCCUCUGCAUCCACAACGUUUCCUGGCCUCGUUAUCAUUACCCCCGGAAGACAACUCUCGACCCCACCCAGCUCUCUUGUACACCCUUUUUUCUCACGCUGUCUCCCAUCUUGAAAGGGGUAUUCCCCCUCCCUAUCCCCCAGAUAAACCUAUGGGUCUCUUUCCGUCCUCGCCACCUCCUCCUUUCCCAAUACCCACUCUCAGCACCGGCUUUAUCCUAUCGCAUCUAAGGGGCACAUCAGGGCCACUCCUUGCAAGAGCACGACUUGAGCUGGACCAAGGUAUUCGUGGAGUCGAUCGCCUUUUCGAUCUCACCAGAGCAGCGAUAGGCAUAGCUCAUGCACUAUAUAGGAGGGGAAAUUUUGUUGAAGGCUGGACCAUGCCUGUUGCAAAUCUUGUGGUUGCUUGCGGGCUACAUAGGAUCUCGGGGAACUGCGUCCCCCCACCCACAAGCUCGAAAGGGAUACAGGGAUUGCCACAACCCUAUGCACACCCCGAUUAUUAUUUACAUGCUCAUACGCCAAGCCAGGUUAUCCCAGACAGACAAGAGCUUCGGAUGAGACCGGUGCUCAUACCACCCGCUAGGGAUGAAAUUGAAAUAGCUGAACGAGUGAUGACGUUUUGGGCAAGUAAACACCAGAUGUGGAUAUCCUCGGGAGGAUGGGGGUGGUCAGAUCCUCUGUCUGACGCUGAAUGUACAACAGAAUGGCCUUGGGGUUGGGGUCAUGUUGAAUUACGAGCGGUCUUGCCUUUAGAAAGGUACACAUUAAACGAUAUUCAUGACCCUGACUCCAAUAUUCACACUGGAGCCUAUGCGGAUACAACGCACACCUUGGCCAUGAAGAGCAUGGCAUUGCUCUGUCGAGCAGGACGCUUGUUCGAUCUUCCAAAAAUUACGCAUCCCACUUCCCUCAGCAACGAAGGAAGUUUCCCAUUUUUCCCUCAUAUCCCACCCAUUGAAGAUGUUGAAUCCGUCGAAAUAUGUUUGGCUCUUUUCCGUCAACACAUACCCCUUCCCUUUAUUUUUCCGCCCCCGGUCUCAACGGCUAAUGGGCCAGCAAUGGCUUCAGCACCUCUUGAUACUGAGAUCUACGAUGGGCCCUCGGAUCCAUGGUGGAUUCUCUUCCAUUUCAACCUCUAUGCAGCAGAGAUGCUUAUGUGGAGAGAAAUGGCCUUUCAUCGCCCAGAAUCAAGCGGUGCGGCGCUGCAGUGUGCCAGAGCCUUGGUGAAUUUGACAAGGUCGAUACCAGACGAGAAGUGGGCCAACGUCGACAUGAUGGUCGCUUUUUCAAUAUCGCUGGCCGCUCGUUUGCUGGUCAAAGAAGCAGCACGAUUUCAGGCAUCAGGAGCUCUCACUGCAGCUGCCCACGCUUUGGCAGAUGCCGACAUUCUCCAAAACUGUUUAGAUGGGCCGUUCAAUAGGUAUAUGGAAGUCGCCGGAGGGAUGUUCUCAAGGAUUGUGGACAACGUAAGAGAAGGGCGCACAGAAAAGAAUGGAGAAUAUGAGCGGGUGUAAAUCCCCUGACCUCACUGUAAUCACUACGAAGUGAUCGUAAGCUCAGUAUCAAGGAGUACGGGGAUAGUACUAUUAGGCGGUUCAACUGUUAGCUGGUCAUUUGUUGGGCGUAUUUUUACGAUGUUUAAUGACUUGUGUAGAUAUAAUGCUGCCCCCUCAUUCCAUAUUGUUUGCAUAAAUACUGUUCUUUCAAUGCAUAAAACCCCGAGAGUUAAUUGAAGGGGG